UAAUUACUGGAAACCCUAAUGGGGGCAGGGAAUGUGCUGGCUGUAAAAGGUCCUUUCUUCUGGCCUGAUUGGGCUGGCCCUCUCCCCUUGUUGCUCCUUCAUUGGCCCGAGCCAACAUCAAUCUGCUGAUUUCCAGGUCCCCCUCAAGUUUGAAACUUUUUUUUUUACGAGCAGGAGGAAUCGAGUUACAACCAACUCUUGUAACCGAUCUCACGGCUGCCGAGAGAAGAAAACACUCCUUCAAUAAUUUACACAUCUGUGCCUGAUACACGGCUACAGAACAAAAAAAGGCGCUAGGAGGGGAGGACGGUUUUUUGUCAUUUUUGGUUUUUUUUUUUACAGUAGAGAUCCAACAAAACAAGCGAACAAACAAAAACAUGCUGUGAAGCGACUUUUUCCCUGUGCUGCCAGGAUGAAGACUUGAGAGAUUCCGCUCAGAUUAACUUGCCGUCCUGUUGCCCGACCGUUCCCGUGUCCCCACUGAGGUGAAGGAAAGACUUGACCAUGGACUCCUUCAGCACCAAGAGCUUAGCCCUGCAGGCGCAGAAGAAGCUGAUGAGCAAGAUGGCCACCAAGAGCGUGGCCAACCUCUUCAUCGACGACACCAGCAGCGAGUUGCUGGACGAGCUGUACCGCGUCACCAAGGAGUACACCCGCAACCGCAAGGAGUCCCAGAAGAUCAUCAAGAACCUGAUCAAGAUGGUGGUGAAGCUCGGGGUGCUCUACAGAAACAACCAGUUCAGCACAGAGGAGCUGAUCCUGGUGGAGAACUUCAGGAAGAAAGUCCACACUCUGGCCAUGACGGCGGUCAGUUUCCACCAGAUCGAGUUCACCUUUGACCGCCGCGUCAUGAGCGCCAUCUUGAAUGAUUGCCGUGAACUGCUGCACCAGGCCAUCAAACGCCACCUGACAGCCAAGAGCCACUCGCGAGUCAACCACGUCUUCAAUCACUUCGCCGACUGCGACUUCCUGGCGGCUCUGUACGGGCCCUCGGAGGUGUACCGCGCUCACCUGCAGAGGAUCUGUAACGGGGUCAACAAGAUGCUGGACGAGGGGAACCUCUGACCUCUGCUGGCCUCGUCCUCAGGCGCCUUUACCUCUGGUCACUCUUCGUGUACCACCUUGCAGGAUUUUUUUUUUUUGCUUUUAAAGUGACAAUCAUGAACAUUUUUAUUUUUCACGUGUUGCUUUGCGUUUGCGUGUGCGCCUCUCCGCCGUUACUAUAACACUGAAAUUCCUCUGCCUAGUUACCAAAGUCUGUUUCUUCUCCAGCCUGUCUUUUUGUUAUUCCAUGGUAAACAAAACCCAGCAGAUGUUGUUGUUUUUGUUUUUUAAAUGAAUGUAGAACUGCAUGCUCUUAUCAGUAUAUUCAGGGGUAGGAGCCUUGACAACUGUGCCUUGAAAAAAAAAACAUUUUUAUCUUCAUUCCAAGGGCACUAUGCUUGCUCUCUUACUCAAUCAAAAAGACAGGAAUCCAGGCACAGGCCUUCAGUUAUAUCUCUGUAAGGUGCUUUUAAUGGACGAAAAUGGUUUUUGGGGUGCCGGGAGGGGAGAGAGUGUGAGUUUCCGUCUCUUCCAGAUACCCAAGAACAUAAAGAGCUGAUUUUUUUUUUUUUUUGUUUGUUUGUUUGUUUGUUCAUUUUUUCUAAAAGUGGUAUUGCACUCAAUCCUGAACAAGCGCUGUACUGUACUUUCCUGCGAUAAUGAAACCAUGUGAAGCACAGCAGUUUGAGUAAUCCUGCUUAGCCUGCUUCUUACAGCUCUUACCAUCAUGCACUGAAGUCCACUUUGUAGAGGGGCCAGGCUUUUGUUUAGAAGGCACCUAUAAACCCAGUUUCGCUUUUAAUAGUCUGGUUUAUGGCCACCACAACAAAGAUGAAGUAUUUGGGUCAGAGGGGGACCAUAAACAUGAAGCAAUUUGAUUGUGCUGUGUAUUGCUGAUUGUCUCUGCGCUGAGUCCAACGUUUCUCUGGCUGUAUACGCUCAUCUGCUCGGACAAACUUUUUUUUUUCCCCCUCUAAAAAUGUCAUAAUCACAGCAACGGAGCGGCACAAUGUGGCACCAGGUGCGAAAGGUUGCUCUGGCGCUUUGUCAGCAGGGAAUAAAGCGCAAGCACAGUCCAACUACUCGUCAUAAUAGAUGUUGGAGCCCAGGGUCAGCUGUGUUUCAGAUUUAUCGCUGUUGCCUCAGGUUUAUCCAAAAUAAAAAAACUAAGCUCUGGUUUGAAUUCUAACAGAUCUGAACUAAAAAGACUCCCCGUGAGCAGUCAGAUGAAAGGCCGGACGAAAACUGCAGCUUCGCGUCUAUGAAACAGACCAGGCAGGGUAUAGAGAUUAGAGCAGAGACAAACACAGCACCUGAUUGUACUCUCCUUCUGCAAUUAUACCUCCCCGCUCUGGGGUGGUAUAAUGGCCUACAGCCUGCCUCUGUCGAGCAGCCACUCCAUUUCACCACACAGCAGCCUCAUGUAAUGUGAUGGAGAUAACCAUCUCUGUUUGCGCUGUGCGGGUCCUUUUAAUGGAGUGAAAGAUGUUGUGUUUCUUCCUUAUAAAAAAGCAUUGAACACCUACUACUAUCCCUCUCCAACCUCACAUAAUAACUGUCUUUCCUUUUUGUCUAUGUGUUUUUGUAUCACUGAGCCUGUCUGGGAGAUUGUUUGGUGCCGCGGCCUCAUUUUGCAUUCUGCCUGUGUGUGUUUGUGUGUUUGUGUGCGUACCUGUGAGAGAAUUGGAAAUUGAGCCGUGUAAUAAGCGCUGUGCUUUUCCAGAUAGGAUUGCUGAAACUUUAACUCCAUCCACAGCAGCUCCGCCAAAGAAAGGAAGACUGACGUUGCCCUUGAUGCGGUCCUUUUCCAGAGCAAUGUUUCAGAAAACGGUGUGCACUUGAUAAUUAUAACCCUGCCAAUGGUGAUAAUGAAGACAAAGGUGGUGGCUGUUUGUGUUUUUAUCCGCCUUUUUAAUUCUUAGAUUUCUUCCCUCGGUAUGUUCCCCCUUUGUUAGACUCAUUUGACUCUGACUGCAUCAUUCUGGGAGGCUUUAAAGUAAAUCCGUCUUUCUAAGUCCCCAAAAACAGUUGACUUUAAUUAUCUCUGGAUGCCAUUUUCUCCAAUCCCUCCACAUCUCAGGGUUAGUUUAAAUCUCCCUCGGUUUCAAAUCCAUGACACACAAAGUAGAGUUCUCCAUUAACCUCUGCAGCAGCCCCUUGUUUUACUGAAGGCUUUUUAAAUUAAGCAUACUUAUCAUUUUUACUAUUGUGAACUUUUAACUGUUUUUAUUUUCACUCAUGUACAUAUGAUUGUUUUUGUGUCUCUAUUGUAUCCAGACGCGACAAAUAUAAUACAAUUUACUUUUUUAAAAGAAUCAGUUUCUUGUCUUUUAUUCCCCUCUAUCGAGCGUCCAGCGUCCUCCCAUCGGUUUGCUGUGUGUUGGAAUCUCCCUGCCAAAUCGGGAGAGGGGGUAAUCUGACUCUGUCUGACCUGGAUUUCGUCCGCCAAAUCCCUUCCUCCUGCUCCCGGCAUUGUUAGGAAGCCACGAAAGCAAACGCAAACCCAUCUUGCUGACAAACAAUUCGAGUUUUGGGUCAUUUUUUUCCACUUCCUGCAGGCCCACACCACGGUCAAGGGUAGAACAGGAUGUGAGUAAGAUGGAAAGUUAUUGCUUCUGUUUUUUGGAAAUUUAAACAUUCUGCAGUUUAAUUUCGAGCGUAGU